AGUGGGCGGACAGCGGCGGCGGCGGCGGCGGCGGCGCGCGGAGGAGGUGGAGGAGGCGCCCAGCGGCCGCUUCCCGCCCCGGAGCCCGAGCCGGUGCGGAGCGGAGCGGUGCGGCGGACGGGCGCCGAGCCCCCGCCAUGGCCCGGAACACGCUGUCCUCGCGCUUCCGUCGGGUGGACAUCGACGAGUUCGACGAGAAUAAAUUCGUGGACGAGCAGGAGGAGGCGGCGGCGGCGGCGGGGGAGCCAGGCCCGGACCCCGGCGAGGUGGACGGGCUCCUGCGGCAAGGGGACAUGCUUCGGGCAUUCCACGCGGCUCUGCGGAACUCUCCCAUCAACACCAAGAAUCAAGCUGUGAAGGAGCGAGCCCAGGGCGUGGUGCUGAAGGUGCUUACAAAUUUUAAGAGCAGUGAAAUUGAGCAGGCUGUGCAGUCGCUGGACAGAAAUGGCAUUGACCUGUUAAUGAAGUACAUUUAUAAAGGGUUUGAGAAGCCCACAGAAAAUAGCAGUGCAGUGUUACUCCAGUGGCACGAAAAGGCAUUAGCAGUAGGAGGACUAGGAUCCAUUAUAAGAGUUCUUACUGCGAGAAAGACUGUUUAAACAACAAAAAGACUCAUGUUACCUGGAGAAUUUUGGAUGCGCAGGCUGGUGAAGAAGGAACUGACAACCAACCGUCUUCCUAGUAACUUCUAACUGAUCUGUUUCAGGACAUGCAUCUGAAGUGUAUUUUAUUUUCAAGGUGGAGGGAGAAAUCGUCUGUUUCCUAAUCCUUUACAGGACCUGAUAGUCUAUGCCUAUGUCCGCAAGUCCUGCAAAACUGACAUUGUGACUCUACUGGAGUGACAGCCAGCACCAGUCGGGGCACCUGCGUGCACUGCCUAUUGAAAGGGGACUGAGAUGAGCAGGGCAGGCGCAAAGCCAAGGGCUGUGGGGAAAGGGAAGCUUGCUUUUUGGGAGUGGAGAAACUUGAGGGUUUUUUAACAGUGCCCUGGCCUCCCAGAGUAGGCGGGCUCUCAUGGGUUCAUUGUAAAGUGCCUGCUGCAUCAAUAAAGCUCUUGGCUUAUUAGUUCA